AUGCAUGCUCCUAGUUCUGCAUCAGGUGAAGCUCUUAAUGAUGAUGCUCAUUACAUCAAUAGCUAUAACAAGAAAUUGAAAGUUGCAAAAAAUAAAGCCGUAGCAUUAUCAAGAAAUAACGAUGAUUUAACUACACCAAUAUCGGCACAAUCAUCACAAGUAUGGCAAUAUGCCAUACGUUGUCAAAAUUCUAAUUUUUCAAUUUGUUGUUUAUGUCCAAAUGAUAAUAAAAUUUCAAUAAACAAUGGGUGGACAUCGACUUUACACAAUAAUGAUGAUAUUAUUGAACCCGGUGAACAUGAUGAAAUCAUUAUAAAUAUUGCUGGUGAUGAAUCAUCGGAAAUAUUUGAUUCGAACGACGAAGAACAAUUAUUAUUUGAUAACAGUGAUGAAGAAUGCGUGGAUAAUUGGACAACAGAUGUUAUUCAAUCAGAUUAUGAUACUGUUCGUAAACAAAAUAUGAUUUUAUUUGUAUUGAAAAAAUGUCGUGGUUUAACGUCAAUGAUUAAACGAUCAACAAUUAUUACAUUAUAUUUUGAUGCUGAACGAAAAAAAUAUUAA